UCCUCGUGUUUUUGGGGAUGGGGAUGGGCAGCUGUGCCAGCGUUGUGUUCCCAAUUCCAGGGAGAAAUUCCUGCUGAUGCCCAACCUCAGGCUGCUCCCUUUCCCCUGGAAGCAGAGCCUGACCCCCACGGCUACCCCGUCUAUCAGGGACUUGUGACGAGCCAGAAGGUCCCUCCUGCUCCCUCUUUUCUCCAGGAUAAACAUUCCCAACCCCUCCAUGUCCCCUCCUCAUCCCAGGGCGGGGUGGGGGUGGCACCUGGGACAACACCGGUGUUCGAACUACAACUCCCAGCAUGCCCAGCACCGGAACUUCCGGCACUUCCGCGCUAUAAAAGGCGCGCCGCCGCCGUUACCGCUCAAAUGGUCCGCGGGCUGUGUGAGAUGUUUCCCGCUGGGCUCUGGCUCUAGGAUGUUGGAGAACCGAGAGGAAGAGCUGACCACGGUGCGGGUGCAGGAUCCGCGCGUGCAGAACGAGGGCUCCUGGAAUUCCUACGUGGAUUACAAGAUCUUCCUGCACACCAACAGCAAGGCCUUCACCGCCAAGACCUCGUGCGUGCGGCGCCGCUACCGCGAGUUCGUGUGGCUGCGGCGGCAGCUCCAGCGCAACGCCGGCUCCGUGCCGGUGCCGGAGCUGCCGGGAAAAUCCGCGUUUUUCGUGGGGAGCACCGAUGAGUUCAUCGAGAGGCGGCGGCAGGGGCUGCAGCACUUCCUGGAGAGGGUGGUGCAGAGCGCCGUGCUGCUGUCCGACAGCCGCCUGCACCUCUUCCUGCAGAGCCAGCUGCCCGUGCCCGCCAUCGAGGCCUGCGUGCAGGGCCGGGGGCCGCGCUCCGUCACCGACGCCAUCCUGCACUACGCCAUGGCCGGGCCCGCCUGGGGACAGCGCGGGGACGGCGCGGGGAUGGGGGCUGCCAGCUGUGCCGGCCUGGGCAGUGCCCGGGGCUGCCUGGAGAGCUUCCCCUGCUGGACUGACUUCGGCAUGGACGAGGCACGGCCGGACAGCCCAGCCGGACAGCGAGUGACCCCUCCGGACAGCCCGGCCGGACAGCGAGUGACCCCUCCGGACACGGAGUGACCCCUCUGGAGAGCCUGGGAUUCCUGGAAUUCCCAGCUGGACACUGAGUGACCCCUGUGCAGAGCCAGGGAUUCCCGGAAUUCCCAGCUGGACACUGAGUGACCCUCUGGACAUGCCCAGGCCCCGCAGCCCUCGCUGGGAAGAGGGAUCAGCGCGGAUCCCUGGGAUGGGAGCACUGGGAGCACUGGGAAUGCGGCCCCAGCCUGGCCGAGCUCCUUCCCUGCACGUUGCUGGUAUUCCCUGAUAUUCCCAGCAGUGUUUUCCUCACUCUGCUCCUGCUCAAAUCCCGCUGGAAUUCCCAAACUGGGCUCAAAUCCCCCUGGAAUUCCCAAACUGGGCUCAAAUCCCUCUGGAAUUCCCAAACUGG